UCUGCUUUCAGUCCUUCCACAACAACUGAAAUCCAGGGCUUUGACAACAACAACAACAAAAAAAAAACACUUCUACAUUUGAAUUACAUCAUGGAUGGGCUACGGUCUCAAUGAGCCCAAAUGCAGUGUUGACACAACCCAGCAGAGCGUCUUCACUUCAAAAGCAAGUUAAGCCAGACAUUUGUUAUUUUUCUUUUGCAAAAAGAGAGAAAAAAAAUGGACACAAAGAGGAAAAUGCUUUGGGUAAAUGCGUACGGCAGGCCCACACAUGUACACUGAGAUGACUACGAUGGAAUUCAGGCAAACAGUUUCCUGGAAAAUCAUCGUGAGCGGCACAUCUGGAGCGCAUUAUUGGACUUGACAAGAGAGAAGGGUGUUUGAGAGUGCGUGUGGCUUAACAGAAUGUUCAUGAAUUGCAGAAGGGUGAAAAAAUGGCAUUUCCUCCAGCUUCUCUCGAUGUGCUGUGUCAUGUCAGUCCUUAUGGUUUGCUGGGAGCACGUGGACCAUCACGUAGUGAGCCAUGUGAAAUCCUACUCCUACCGCUACCUAAUCAACAGCUACGACUUCAUCAACAAGAGCCUCAGCGUCAGCCCGGAGGAAGCCGCCCGGUUUGGUAGCUUCCCGUAUUUGCUUGACCGCAGGGACGUUUGUAAAAACAAAGACGUCCUGCUUUUGCUCUUUGUCAAGUCUUCUCCAGGAAACUUCAAAAGGCGGCAGGCCAUACGUUCCACUUGGGGCAACGAGUCCUAUAUUAGUCAGGAACUCGGUGUUGUCGUCAAGGUAGUGUUUGCUAUGGGAGUUCGCCCUGACCGAUCGGGACAUAAAACAAUGCAGAGGGAACUGCGCAAGGAGCACAUGGCCCACCAUGACCUGAUUCAACAGGACUUCCUCGACACAUUCCACAACCUCACUGUGAAACUGCUGCUUCAGUUCCGCUGGACGCACGAAAACUGCGCACAUGCCCACUUCCUUAUGAGUGCAGACGAUGAUGUCUUCAUCCAUGUGCCUAACCUAGUGCACUACCUCCAGGAGCUUAAAAGUCAGAACGUACGCAACCUCUGGGUCGGCCACGUUCAUAGGGGGGCACCGCCUGUUCGGAAGCGGGACAGCAAGUAUUAUAUGCCAUUUGAUAUGUAUCAGUGGUCCUCCUACCCAGAUUACACUGCUGGCGCCGGGUAUGUCGUUUCUGGCGACGUGGCAGCCAAAAUCUACCAGGCCACGCAGUCUCUAAACGCCUCAAUGUAUAUCGAUGACGUCUUCAUGGGCAUCUGUGCCAUCGCUGCGGGCGUCUCGCCUCAGGAACAUGUUUACUUCUCGGGUGAGGGGAAAACGCCCUAUCACCCGUGCAUCUACGAAAAGAUGAUCACCUCUCACGGACACGAAGGCGAUAUCAGGUACCUGUGGAAGGCUGCGACCGGCCCGCAGGUAGAAGGCAUUUCAUCUGGAUUGUUGGGGAAGUUGUAUUGCGCAGCUGUGAAAAUGACGCUGCUUUGUAAGCCGUACUUUACGAACACGUAUUCAUGCAUGGCAGCUUUUACAUGAUGCACUGUGAGAUCUAUGAAGUCCGAGCAGUAUUUGCGUUUUAUUUUUCUUUCCUCGUUUACUUUUGCUUUAAAUGUUAAAUAGUCAUUUCUUAAUAUUGAUGGAAGCAAUGCGACAUAAGCAUUUGUUUAGCACUGUUGCAUUUCUAUUUAUUUAUUUGAAUGUACAGCAAAUGAAUCCUACAGCAAAAGAGCUGCAAUGGGAUGGAAAUAUGGUGCGUUCCGAAUGUAUGUCUUCAACAAUACAUGGAUCUCACAAAACUCCUCAAGUUCACACUUCUGAUUCGAACAGUUAAAUUAACAGCUAAUAUUUGACAUGUUUCCGUGAAAUCUAUCUGUGCUCAGCUUUAGCAAACUGUGAGUUUCAGUUCUUGCAUAUUGUGGAGGCGUAAAUUAGAUGCUCCAAAUUUGAAGUGAGGUGUGGAUGCUGUUGAAGAAUGUGCUGGAAAAAUCUGCAACAUUUUAAAUGUCAAACCUCUGCUUGAGCUUUUCAAACAAGUGGGCAUUUUAAGGAACUGAUACAAACUGGUGCUAUAGACCUGUAAAGUAGAAUUUGACAAUUUAUAUCUGGAACAGUGAAACUAAACCUAUUGAGACAUAUUUGAUUGUGACAUUGUGAUCCUCAUGACAUCUGAAGAUUUUUUUAAUGUCAACCCAAUGCAAAACAAUCUCAUUCACUGCACUGUAAUAUGAAAUAUUUAAUAUAAAAAGAAUUGAAGUAUAUGAGAAUUAUCAAUGCAAAUAAUAAAAAUCGCAGCAGGUUGUUGCUGCAAGAGGAGUGAGUUA